AUGGUCAAGAACAACUUCGGCAAGAGUUCCAAGCGGGUGCCCGUUCGCCUUCGUCACAAGAUUGAGAAGGCCGCUGUUGCUAAGCAGAAGAAGGCGAGAAAGCUCGCAAAGCAGAACCCAGAAUGGCGGUCUAAGAUCAAGAAGGACCCGGGUAUUCCCAGUCUUUUCCCUUUCAAGGAUAAGAUCCUCCAUGAUAUUGAAGAGAAGAAGCGUUUGAAGCAGGAGGAUCAGGAACGCAUCCGGGAGGAGGCUCGCCUUCGUCGCGUCGAGGCCAAGCAGGCCAAGAGUGGCAACCAGGAAGGUGUUGAGAUUGAUGAGAACGAUCUGGAUGAUGAUAUGGAACUGGAGGGUGAUGAGUCGAACCCAAUGGCUGCGCUGCUUGCCUCCGCACGAGCUCGUGCUACCGAGUAUGACGACGAAAAUGGAAGUGACGAUGAUGAGAUGGAGGAGGACGACGACGACGAGAUGGAUGAGGAUGAUGAAGAGGGCGGCAUAAAUUUCAAUGACACCACUGUUCCCGAUUUGGCCGACACACAAAACCCCACCAAGGAGAGCUCACGGCGCGCUUUUGACAAGGUCUUCAAAUCAGUCACCGACGCUGCGGAUGUUGUGUUGUAUGUGCUCGAUGCUCGUGAUCCGGAGGGUACUCGGUCGAAGGACGUGGAGCGGGAGAUCAUGGCCGCUAAUGCUGGCUCUAAACGUCUCAUUCUCAUCCUUAACAAGAUCGAUCUUGUCCCACCACCGGUUCUCAAGGCCUGGUUGGUGCACCUGCGCCGCUACUUCCCCACCCUCCCACUCAAGGCCUCCAACGGGGCUGGAAAUGCUCACAGCUUCGACCACAAGCAGCUUUCCGUGAAGGGUACCUCCGAGACUCUCUUCCGUGCUCUCAAGUCCUACGCCCACAGCAAGCAGUUGAAGCGCUCUAUCUCUGUCGGUGUCAUCGGAUACCCCAACGUCGGCAAGUCCUCUGUCAUCAACGCUCUUACCGCUCGCCUCAACAAGGGCUCCAGCAAUGCCUGCCCUACAGGUGCUGAGGCUGGUGUCACCACCAACCUGCGUGAAGUGAAGCUCGACAACAAGCUGAAGCUCAUCGACUCCCCGGGUAUCGUCUUCCCCAGCACCAACGGCAAGACCAGCAAGAAGUCCAAGGAGAACGAGCAGGCCCGUUUGGUCCUUCUUAAUGCCAUCCCACCUAAACAGAUUGAAGACCCCAUCCCUGCUGUAAACCUGCUGGUUAAGCGUCUUUCUGCUUCGGAUAACCUCAUCGCCAAGAUGCUCGAGGUAUACGGAAUCACCUCCCUCUUCCCUGUUAACGGCGAUAAGACCACCGAUUUCCUCAUCCAGGUGGCCCGCAAGCGUGGUCGUCUUGGAAAGGGUGGUGUCCCCAACAUUGCGAGUGCCGCUAUGACCGUCAUCAACGACUGGAGAGAUGGCCGUAUCCAGGGCUGGGCCAACGCCCCAGUUUUGCCUGUGGUUACUCCCGCUGAUGCUGCUGCGGAACCAGGUGCUCCUCUGGCGGAUACUACACAAGUUGUUACUGAGUGGGCCAAGGAAUUCAAGAUCGAGGGCCUCUGGGGCAACGGCGAGGGCGAUGAUGAAGAGAUGGAGUGA